AUGAAUAAAAACCCCAAGGGCACUACGCCCAAAAACUCCACACCCAAUCGUUCUUACAAACCCAUCUCAAAAUCAACCAUUUCUACACUUAAAACAAAAAUAAAUAAACCAUCUCACAAUACCGCGUCGAUUCAGCAAUCAACCAAAAACAUAGUAGUGCAAGGCACUGACCUUAAUGUCGGUGUUCCCUCCACCCCAACGAGCAAUCAUACCUCACGCAUCGCAAUCAAGAACCCUCUUCUACUCUCCGCCACGACAACACCGUCCAGCGAUAACAACCGCACCGCAGUCACUAUCGCUCAACACACAAAUAAUAAUAUAAUAUCCGGUGUUUCCUAA